UUUCCUGGCUGAUACCAUGAAAGGACCAGGGUUAUUCUGCUGCUGCCUUGCGGCCCUUCUCCUGUUUGUAGGAGCAGAAUGUCAAGUCCCUGAGGAUGUUGGACCUUUUGCUGAUGGACAGACAGGUGUGGUGGACACCAGCUUGGAUGACAAGUCUCUUCACGCUGAUCAGAUUCUUACAGAGAACAGUCUGGUAUUGUCCUAUACUGAAGGCCUUGAGCCAGAAACACAUGAGAUAAAGCAACAGGAUUGUGGACCAGCGACUAGGGAGAGGCAAGAAAAACAAAAUAUAACUCCAGGUGCAUCUCUCUGUGAUCCUGUUAAUAUUGAAGAUGAUGCAGGAAAGGAACCCGAAAAUGAACGAGGCCAAGAUGUGACCAUAGAUAAAGAACCUGAAGAAGUCCUAAGUGAAGGCUUCAGUGAAGAAGUCAUUACAGAAACAGAUGUAGUUGUGGAGAAUUUAAAGUCAGAGAACCUUCCUGGAAAAUCGGGAGAUAACAAACCAAUUGAAACUGAAGCAGAGUCAUUACUGGAUGUCAAGGAACAGAGUGAAGGAAAAUCAGAAGGUGAUGUAACUGAAGUCAGGUUACCAAUUGCAGAAGAAGAAGAUACAGCAAAUUUAGAUACAGAGGAAGAGCAAGAAGAAUUAGAUGAGGAAACUGAUACAGGUGGAGAAGAACCAUCAGAAGAACAGCCAGAAGAAUCUGAAGAGAUAGCAGUAGAUGCUGAGAAUGAUACAAAUGGAAGUGAAGCUUCUGAAGAAAAGCAUGAAGAGUCCGAAAACCCAGAUGUUAAGACUGACAGAAAUGGAGGUGAUUCUUCUGAAGAAGAACAAGAAGAAUCUGAAGAGCCAGAGGUAGAUGCUGAGAUUGAUACCAAUGGAGGUGAUUCUUCUGAAGAAGAACAGGAAGAAUCUGAAGAGACAGAGGUAGAUGCUGAGAUUGAUACCAAUGGAGGUGAUUCUUCUGAAGAAGAACAGGAAGAAUCUGAAGAGACAGAGGUAGAUGCUGAGAUUGAUACCAAUGGAGAUGAUUCUUCUGAAGAAGAACAGGAAGAAUCAUCUGAAGAGACAGAGGUAGAUGCUGAGAUUGAUACCAAUGGAGGUGAUUCUUCUGAAGAAGAACAGGAAGAAUCUGAAGAGACAGAGGUAGAUGCUGAGAUUGAUACCAAUGGAGGUGAUUCUUCUGAAGAAGAACAAGAAGAGACUGAAGAACCAGAACCUGAUGCUGAGGCUGAUACAGAUGUUGGUGAGUCUUCUGAAGAAGUGGAGGAAGAGUCCAAAGAACCAGAGUUAGAUGCAGAAGACCAAGAAGGGGCAGAGGAACCAGUGUUAGAUACUAAUACAAAUGGGCAAGAGUCUCCAGAAGAAGAAAGAAAAACUGAAGGAAUAGAGUUAGAUAUAAAUGAGGGACAACCCUCAGAAGAAAGGGAGGAAGAUACACAUGUUGAUGAACAUAAUGAGAAUAUAUCAGAAGAGACAGAAGAAAAAGUUUCAGACAUAGAAGGUAGCAUAAAAGAAGUGACUCUGGAAGAACAGGUAGAGAAACCAGGGAAUACAGAAACAAAGAGUGCAGAAGAAUUGAAAGAUUCUUCUGAGAAAGUUGGCAACUCACCGUUAAAACCAAUUAGUGAGGAUCAGGUAUCUGCUGGAAGAGAGAUCGAUGAAGAGAAAAUGCUUCUGGCCAAACAAAGAGUGAAGUCAUCUUCUCCUUCUAAACAAUCCCAGAGACAAGCUCCUAAGUCAAGAUCAAGGAGACUAAAAGAUGAUGUGGAAGAUGCGGAAGAAUUCCCCAGAAGGGACAGAAGCCACAUAGACAACACCUUGAAACUUACAGAAGAGAAACCGGCAGAUGAUUAUACAGUGGCACUGCAGAAACUGAGGAAAAUUUACCACUCUUCUAUCAAACCCAUGGAACUGUCUUACAAAUACAACGAGCUGAGACAGUAUGAGAUCACAGCUUAUCAUGGACGUAGCCUUGCUGACUCGGCCGCAGAUGGAGAGAUCACUUCUAAACCAAUGGUGUUGUUUUUGGGACCGUGGAGCGUUGGCAAGUCCACCAUGAUCAACUACCUCUUGGGGUUGGAUGAAACCCCCCAUCAACUGUAUACAGGUGCUGAACCCACAACUUCUGAAUUUACUGUCCUCAUGCAUGGGCCAAAGCUGAAGACCAUUGAGGGUAUUGUGAUGGCUGCUGAUAGUGCUCGUUCCUUUUCUCCACUGGAAAAAUUUGGACAGAACUUUUUGGAGAAGCUUAUUGGCAUUGAGAUUCCUCAUAAACUCUUGGAAAGAGUGACAUUUGUGGAUACUCCUGGUAUCAUCGAGAACCGAAAACAACAAGAAAGAGGUUAUCCAUUCAAUGAUGUAUGCCAAUGGUUUAUUGACAGAGCCGAUCUCAUUUUUGUCGUAUUUGACCCAACCAAACUAGAUGUGGGUCUGGAGUUGGAGAUGCUCUUCAGACAGCUGAAGGGACGUGAGUCUCAGAUCCGUAUCAUCCUAAACAAGGCUGAUAGCUUGGCCACACAAGAACUUAUGAGGGUAUAUGGUGCUCUCUUUUGGAGUCUGGCACCUCUCAUCAAUGUUACUGAGCCACCUAGAGUCUACGUCAGCUCUUUCUGGCCAGAAGACUAUCAGCCAGAAACACACAGGGAGUUAUUCCUUAAAGAAGAGAUUUCCCUUCUUGAAGAUCUCACUCAAGUCAUCGAGAACAGACUUGAAAACAAGAUAGCUUUUAUUCGUCAGCAUGCUAUUAGAGUCCGUAUCCAUGCUUUGCUGGUAGACCGCUACCUUCAUACCUACAAGGACAAGAUGACAUUCUUUAGUGAUGGAGAACUUGUGUUCAAGGACAUACUAGAGGAUCCAGAUAAAUUCUUUAUCUUCAAGUCCAUCUUGGCUAAAACCAAUGUCAGCAAGUUUGACCUUCCCAACCGCGAGGCCUACAAAGAUUUCUUUGGAGUAAACUCCGUUACAAGCUUCAAGCUUCUGUCCCAGCAAUGCUCCUACAUGGGUGGGUGCCUCAUUGAGAAGAUCGAAAGAGCCAUAACACGUGAGCUUCCAGAUCUCAUUGGCAGCAUCAGUAAAAAGCCUUCAAAUCUCAACUGUGAUGUGACCGGUUGUGGAGAAGCACCAAAGAACCGUUAUAAAAAACAUUAACUUAUCUCCAACCUUGCCCCUUCUUAUACUUAAUAAAAAGUCAAAUAAAAAAAAAACAGUGUAUGAACACCAUAUUAAAGGUCUUGCGAUCUUUUGGUGAUGGAUAUAGCCUGCUUAUGAAACCCUUGCAAGCUAUUCUACUUACAGUAUGUUGUCAAGGUUUGUCACAGAGACGAUACUCUAAACAAUCCUUCUGACCUAGAGGGACUGGUGGUUACUCUGGUGCUGAAGGAAGCGAAAAUGUUUCAGACAGCUAAUGGAGCCUUUCCAUAUCAUAGCAUAACAUUUUCAUUUGAAGUAAUAUUGCAGAGAACUGCUCUUCCUCCUUUAUUCUAUCUCGUGCUACAAGGACCCUUCUCUUCUACGGCUAGAGAAGAAGGAAAGGAAGACAACUCAUUGUUUGAAAAACCAUGAGUUCUACAAGGAAUUUCAGUUCACUGCAAACUAUCUGAUGCAUUGUGUGUAAUGAUAAUUUGUCUUGUAAGACAAGAUAGUAGCCAUGUCUAGGUAGUUGAGGUACCUUCUGGUGUAACUUCUGGGUUAGUGAAACCCAUCCACCCUCACAGCCAAGACCUUAGUGGUUGGACUGUCGAUCCUUUGCAUGUGAUAUUGGUGGUAAGUGCUCCACCUCGUAAGGGCUACCUAGCACCAGCAUCACCUAACCAUUGUCCAGAGGCUUAAUCUAUAUUUAUUCUCCUAUUUUCUAGAAUCUAUUAUGGUUAGAGAUUCAAAACCCUGUCCUUUCCCAGUCCUAAAGGCAGGCAAGAUGUAGGGAUCAUACCGAUAGGGUAGCCAAUAAUCUGUCGCAAUAAUGUAUUACGUAACAUUGAUCAUGGCAACAUCCUUAAUGAUGGCAAGUACUUAUUUUAUAUUGUCUUGACUGUUCUUUAGAAUAUUUGCCAUUGAAAAGUCUUGGUUUUACCAUUGUAUAGUAUUUGAUAAACGUUUUACUUUUACUAAUCUGGUUACUCACCAGUCCAUAUGAUAUUUAUCAAGAAUUCAAUAAACUUCACAACAGUGUUGACUUGUUCAAAUCUU